GUCCUCCAUGUGAAUCAAUCCCAUGAUGCAACAUGCCUCCCCAGCCCCAGCUCUGACAAUGAUGGCCACGCAGAAUGUCCCGCCCCCACCCUACCAGGACAGCCCACAGAUGACGGCAACUGCCCAGCCACCCUCCAAGGCCCAGGCUGUCCACAUCUCCGCACCCUCAGCUGCUGCCAGCACACCUGUGCCCAGUGCCCCCAUUGACCCCCAGGCCCAGCUGGAGGCUGACAAGCGAGCUGUGUACAGGCACCCUCUUUUCCCGCUCCUGACGCUGCUGUUUGAAAAAUGUGAACAGGCCACGCAGGGCUCUGAGUGCAUCACCUCUGCCAGCUUUGACGUGGACAUCGAGAACUUUGUCCACCAGCAGGAACAGGAACACAAACCCUUCUUCAGCGAUGACCCAGAACUGGACAAUCUGAUGGUGAAGGCAAUCCAGGUGCUGAGAAUCCACCUUCUGGAGUUGGAGAAAGUCAAUGAACUCUGCAAGGACUUUUGCAACCGCUACAUCACCUGCCUCAAAACCAAGAUGCACAGUGAUAACCUGCUCAGGAAUGACCUUGGGGGACCCUACUCCCCCAACCAGCCCUCCAUAAACCUUCACUCACAGGACCUCCUGCAGAAUUCCCCCAAUUCCAUGUCUGGAGUCUCCAAUAACCCCCAAGGGAUUGUGGUCCCAGCCUCAGCACUCCAGCAGGGCAACAUCGCCAUGACAACUGUCAACUCACAAGUCGUGUCAGGUGGAGCCUUAUACCAACCGGUUACCAUGGUAACCUCCCAGGGUCAGGUGGUCACCCAAGCAAUCCCCCAGGGAGCCAUCCAGCUCCAGAACACGCAGGUUAACCUUGACCUCACCUCCCUCCUGGACAAUGAGGAUAAGAAGUCCAAGAAUAAACGAGGAGUGUUACCCAAGCACGCCACCAAUAUAAUGCGUUCUUGGCUCUUCCAGCAUCUCAUGCACCCCUACCCCACGGAAGAUGAGAAAAGACAGAUUGCAGCUCAGACGAACCUCACCCUUCUGCAAGUGAAUAACUGGUUCAUCAAUGCCCGGAGGCGCAUCCUGCAGCCCAUGCUUGAUGCCAGCAACCCAGACCCCGCCCCCAAAGCCAAGAAGAUCAAAUCCCAGCACCGGCCCACCCAAAGAUUCUGGCCUAACUCCAUUGCUGCUGGGGUGCUACAGCAGCAGGGUGGGACCCCAGGCACAAACCCUGAUGGUUCCAUCAGCCUAGACAACCUGCAGUCCCUCUCCUCGGACAAUGCCACCAUGGCCAUGCAACAGGCCAUGAUGGCUGCACACGACGACUCAUUGGAUGGGACAGAAGAAGAAGAUGAGGAUGAAAUGGAAGAGGAAGAGGAGGAAGAGGAGCUGGAGGAGGAGGCCGACGAGCUGCAGACAACGAAUGUCAGCGACCUGGGCUUGGGACACAGUGACUCCCUGGAGUAGCCGGGCCGCCCAGAUGGCACUGACAGCCGCACAGGACAGGAGUGCCCUGGGUGGGGCAUCGGGGUGGUCAGGCGGCCCCGAGGGAGCUGGGCCUUGGCUUCCCCACAUCACAGCUAGAAGAAAGGCAGAGGAGGCCCCUGCGCCUUCCCAACCCCCUGAGCUUCAGUGAG